AUGGUCGAAGAAACUAGGGGCGAGCCCCAUAUGAAAGAAAGUGGGCCAAAGGCGGAGGAAGACCAAGUCAUGGUCGAGGCCGAGGCCAACAGGAUAGAACAAGAGACUGAACGUACGGCUAAAGGAAGACAAGAAGCCGAAUAUACGGCUGAAGGAGAAGAUAAAGAGGUAUUGGAAAACCCCUAG